AUGGCUAAAUUGUACAUGUCUGAAAACAAGUUUGUGUCUCAAUUUACAGUUACGGAAGCAGUUGCUGUCCAGCAGUUGAAAGAUGCUUUGCCAGACAUCCUGACAGAGGCAUUUGGUGCAAGCGAUGUACAAGCUUUGUGGGGUGUUCCAUUGGACAACGCUUCUGAUGAUGAACGUAUCAAAGUGGUCUUGGUCAAGUUUUUGAGGGCAAGAAAUAUGGAGAUACCAGUGGCCAAAGACAUGCUGAUUAAUACACUGAAAUGGAGAAAAGAGUUUUCUGCCGACACUGUUCUUGAUGAGCAAUUUGAUGAAAGCACAUAUGGUGAUAAGGUUGGAUUCUUGUACAAGACUGACAAGGAAGGUAGACCUGUUACCUACAACUUUUACGGUGAUAUCGAUCAGAACAAGGUGUUUGGAGAUGUCGACAAGUUUAUUCGCUGGAGAGUGGCAUUGAUGGAGAAUGGCGUAAAGCAGAUUGAUUUCAUCAACACGGAUGCCAUGGUCCAAGUUCAUGAUUACACUGGCGCUUCACUUUGGGGUCGUACAGCAAACACCAAAGAAGCAACGAAUAAGUUGAUCAAAUUGAUGCAGGACAACUAUCCAGAAUUCCUUUCAAACAAAAUCUUUGGCAUACCAAAAUGGGGCAGUAUGAUCUUUAAAGUGCUGCGUCCGUUGCUCCCCGAAGCUACAUUGAAGAAAUUUGUCAUUUGCUCAUGUGACGAGCUCAAGACCACAUUGCUAGACUACAUCAACAAGGAAGAUCUACCACCUAUCUACGCCUAA